CUCACCACUGCGACUCAUGGAAGCCAUCUUCUGCCUCCGUGCCGCCCUCGUUACUCCAUUCAAAAGGCCGGGCUGCCUCCCCUUCCACCCCACGACCAACCUUUCCCCGGUUGGCCACCUCAGCUUUCCCCGCCAUUAUAGGGUAUCUUGCUCCCAUGCUCAGCCGCCGCGGCCGCCGACGCCGGAAAAAGACGAAGGAAGAAAAGGCCGCGCUGGAGGACGGACAUGGCCAAGGGUGGCGGCGGUUGGCGCAGGCGCAGCUUUCGUCGUCGCUUGCGCCUUGGGUUCUGUCAGCUUGACGCGCCCUGCACCUGACGCUGCGGUGGAGUGGUGCACGUCAUGGACAGCGCACAAUGAAGGACCGUCAGGAGGCGAUGGAAAGGGCACGAUGAACACUGAAGGCAACAAACUCGGUAAUCAAGCUCAGUCGAAGAAAACCAACUUGCAGAAUACGCGCGAGGCGGUGCAGCAAAUUCUAUUCGGGAAGAAGGAUCUCUCUUCCAUGGAGAAAGGACAAAGAAAAUCUCGUUUGUUCUCCAAAGAUUGGUUCGAAGAACUGGAAAAGUACGAAGCAGGAAUGCUGUUAGUGAAAAUGCUCAUGGAUAUGGCUAUUAUCUGCUUCACGCUGACGGUGGAGAAGAUGACAUCAACAGCCAGGACGAUGAUGACGACGACGACGACGGAGUUGAAAGAAUCGAUGGAGGACUUGAUCACUAGGGCGAAGGGGACGUGGAACAAGUACAAAGAGUUAGAAGAAGGAUUCGGGGAGAUGCCAAAUGCUGAUGAGAAGGAUACACCGAAGCAGCAGCCGACCACACGUUCUGCUUAUUGUGCUUCAUGAACAGCUUACGGUCAACGCAUGGACUUCCCUCUUCUUAUCCCUACUGCUUAGGAAACCUCGAUUCUUAUUGUCCCGAGGAAAUUACGUGUUUGGUUCUUCUGUUUCUUUACCUUCAGAUCAAUUCUUAACAAUGUGCUCGAUGUUCUUCU